AUCUUUCGGCGUAAUGACAUCAUUCUGUAGACCCCCCUCCCCCCGUCAGCUGUGCCAUUAAAGGGCCCUAGCUGAGCUAUCUAAUAGAAAAAUAAAAUAAAAAACUAUUUUAGGGGUUUACAUUAUGGAUAAGAAUGCUACGCGAUACAAAGUACAACUGUAUAUUUAUGAUUUAUCGAGAGGAAUGGCUCGCAGCCUCAGCCCUAUCAUGUUAGGAAAACAACUGGAUGGUAUAUGGCACACAGCUAUAGUGGCAUAUGGUGAUGAGUUUUUCUUCGGAGGCGAGGGGAUCUCCAGCUGUUCACCGGGUGGGACAAUGCUGGGACCUCCAGACACAGUAGUGGAGCUGGGUGAGACCGAAGUGUCUGAGGAGAUCUUCAUGGAUUACCUCUCUUCCCUGGGAGAAAGCACAUACAGAGGUGACAGAUAUCGCCUGUUUGAGCACAACUGCAACACCUUCACCAACGAGGUGGCUCAGUUCCUGACAGGCAGGCCCAUCCCCUCCUAUAUCACUGACCUUCCAUCCGAAGUCCUCUCCACACCGUUCGGCCAGAUACUGCGGCCCAUUCUGGACUCUAUCCACAUCGCCCCUCCCGGAGGUAACGUCAUAAACGGGGGAAGAAACAUCUAACCUGAGAGAGCAGCAGAGUCAGAGUGUUCUCAAGUUUGCUUCCAUUGUAGUCAGUCACUAAGAAGUCUCAAACUUUCUUUCUUUCUGUAAAUAAACUAGAAAUGAAGGUAAUUGCAGUUUGGCAAACUAUAACUGCUAGAUGACAAGUAAAUCCUUAAAAUUCAUCAUUUAAAUAUAAUUUCCUCCUUUUUAAAUCUAGUUGGUUGGUGGAUAGUAAUUAGUGGCAACUCACUGCCCACUUUAAGACAUUUAAUGGUGUCUUGGUCAGUUGACAUCACAUGCAAUGUACUGAGAGGCAGUUGGACAGUAAAAAAAAAAAAUGGAUAGAAUUUUUCAGUAUACCUGCAUAGUCUGACAUCAACAUUUAGUUUCCUACACUGAAAGUCGAGUUUGAUGAAUGUCGCCUCGUCAGACACAGAUACAUCUGUGGUUUUUUAAAAGCGAAUGAUAGCAAAGUACAUUUUGCCAGGUAUUUUAUUGAGAAUUUUGCAACAUUUUGCAAGAUUACAUACUUUUACUCCACAACAUGGAAAUAUUGCACAUCUGAUAGUUGUAAUUAAGGCUCCUACAACAUUAAAAUACCUCUUAGCACAUUAGUGCAUAAAGCUAAAUAAUUAUAUAAUCUAUUUUUUUUUUUUUUUUCGUAGUUUUUUUUUUUGUAGUUUUUUCCCAUUUUGGUAUUGCCACGUUUUUUUAAAGAACGAUUUUAGUUCUUCAGUGUAGUCCUUCUAUAAGGAUUUUAGUUCCCAACAUAUCAGGUUUCACACAUGGUUUCUGCAGUGAGAAUCAUCUGCUGUUGGCUUCAAUGGAAUUAAUCUUUGUGUACACUUUUGCGUAGGUAUGUUUUAAUAUAUUCAAUUCAAAGGAUGCAGUUGGAUGGAAAAUAAGAAAAGGAUGGUUGAAUCUUUUAAUAUCAAUCAGAUUUUAAUUUUGCACUUUUAUGUUUUGUUCCACUUUUUGUUAUUUUGUAGCCUGUACUUAAUUUCCCAUCAGCAAUCGAAUUAAGCUCCUUUGUGCUCACCUACUUACUCUACCUUUUAUAUUAUCAUUCCAUUUGUCGGAGAAUAUGUGAAAUGACAUAGAGCAGGUGAUUGAUGCCUAACAAGCUCAGAGGUUAUAAACUUAUAUUAGAGAUUACAUAAACUUUGUUCAGUGUACAUCUUUAUAGCAGGAUAGGGUUCAGUUCACUAUAAAUCCAGUUAUUUUGCUGUAUACAAAAGUAAACCCUGGAUGUCAUUUGUUAAUGGCAGAGUUUAUUAGAAGAGAAAACAGAAGAUUAAGUUCCAAAGUGCUAUAAAAUCAUUUCCUGGGGACAAUCCUGAUCCAAUUUUUUAAAGACUAAUGAAAAUAACUCUGUUAUGAAACUGUUGUGAAAAUAACAGUUUUCUUGGUCAGAUAUAACCAAGAAUGUAGGGUUUUUUAUAUUAAAUCAACUCUCCGAUAUAAUUAAAAGUGAACUGCACCACAGCCCAGUUAUAUCACAUAAGUUGUGCCUCUUGGCCUGUUUAACCAGCUCCAGAGGGAGAUGCUGAUAACAGAUACACCUGUUCUUUAAUUUCUUUUUAAAAUACAUGUGUUCCAGUUGCCAUGUAGGUAAUUCUAAACAAAUGCACAUCCACAGAUAUUUUUAAUGUAGAGGUGACGAUAUGCAGGGCAAGGUCCUGCACUGUAGACUUAUUAACAACCUGCUUGAGUCCUUUAACAACCACCAGAGUGUGUUUGAUAAUACACCUCUGUGCCUUCAUUUCCCUCCGCUUAGUUCCGGUCCCACCGUUGGGGGUUGGCAUGGUUAUAGUAGAACACAGGUGGUAUAUUCUUACACCGUCUGCAUUAAUUAUCAGAUGGUUAGUUUAAUGUAUGAUGGUCCAGAAACCUUCAAAAUCUCAAAGUACACUAAUUAGGUAAAAGUUGUAAAUAAAACUCACUAAUAUUCAUCAUUCAUUGCAUAUAAUGAAUUAAAUUCCUAACUGUUUAAAACAUAAGCAGUUGUAAACAUUCCAGAUUGAACAACAUCUGGAUCCAGUACUGUAACUCACAGCCUAUAACCUCAGUGCAUUAUCCACUGCACUCUGCCAUCAGAAAGAACACAUAGCUGUCUAAUUUCAAGAUAAUACGCACAGUAGAUGGAAUGUUUUAGGGUUUAUCUGAUUUAAGAUAAUGUUACAAACAAGAACCACACUGAACCUCAUGAUCCUUUCCCUGCUUACAUAAACAGAGUGAAGGAAAAGAAAGACAAGAGGCCUCAAAGAGUGAUUAAACCAGCAUUAACCUUCAUCAUGUUCUCCUGCAAUAAAUAAACCUUACACACACUUACCUUCCAAGCAGUCACCACUAAAGGUUUAACCAGACAUUUCUAAAUAUUUGGCUACUUUUAAAGACUAAUAUAUGAAACUGAAUCCCCCUUUAAGAGGCUAGAAAGCUCAGGUGAAUCUGGGUUACGUUAUUUUGCCUUCUGCUAACCAACUAACUGACCUGCUAACCAGACCACUGAAAUGUAUUACUGCACAAGUCACCCUUUGUUGCUGUAAUGUGUGUUGUUGCUGGCUGCUACCUGUAAUGUGAAAUUGCAACAGAUAUAUUUAUGGAUAUUAUUCCCUAUUUGAGUAAUCUAACUAUGGUAGAUAUGCUUAUGCAUAUUGUUUGUGUAAUUGUUUUUGUAAUUCGACCUAUACAUA